GUGUCCGGGGCUACUGUCAUAUGCACAACGUCACGUCCUGGCCUCAGAGUCCGGUGUCUGCCCCUCUCUUCACCCUCACUAAGGGAGGUCCUCGCCAGCAGGAGUUGUCGUGGAAACGCGGCGGUGCUGCGACUGUUUGUCUGGGUCUUGUUGCCAGGCGGUGUCCGCUGCGUUGCCAGGUCGCGUCAGUGGCACCAGCUUCCGAUGCACCCAAGAUGGAGGAGAGAAUAAGAAGCCUUUGUCUGGCAUCCACCCUUAUGGGAGAGUGCCCUGAGCUUUUCUAUCUCCCAAAUAAACAGCUAGACUCAGAGAUGACUCUAGAUGCCAACAGACCAUCUCACUCCAUUCCAAGUUCUGCCGAGUCCAGAACCUCACAAGGAGACGCAGCCCAGGCUGCUCUACACAGUUUAGUUGCAGGAGUUCCCCUGACGCGCCCUUCCACGCGACCACCACCCACCUAUCUAGCCUUGCUGCACUCUCCAACCAGGCCUUCUGAUCUCCUCUCUGUUUACCAGUAUACUCAGUUGGACUUCUUUAUGGGGUGCCCAGCCUAUGGCUCCUUCUCCCCACAUACCUUAAUCUUUGAUCAUCUGGCCAACACCCUAGCAUCCUCCCUCCUGCCUAGCCUUGCUUCUCCUGCAUCGGCCCUGGGAACCCUUCUGCCCGAGUCUUCCUCAAGCAGAUCCCAUUUAUCUCUAGAUCUGACAUGGUUGGCCCUGCUCACUGGCUGCUGGCUGAAGCCUGUGGGCAGGGUAUCAAAAGGAUCACCAUGUGCUAGUGCUCUGGCUAUUGAGCGGGUACAGUUCGGGCUGGCCGGAGCCCAGGGUGCCAGGUGUGGGCAGCCCUUUUUCCCAGGCCAGACUGACUGCGGGGGUGGGCUCCAGGCCAUCAGCUGCUGGUUUGGAGAGACUGGAAUUCCAGGCGGUUCUUCCUGGGCUUUGGUUCCAGGAAGCAGACACUGGGCACAGGGCAGGCCUCAGGGAAGGCAGGGGGCAGGGUACCCCAUCUGACCAGAUAAUAGGUCCCCGGUAGAGAAUGCAGUCUUACUGAGAGAAGGGUGGCUAAGGACCCUGUUUCCACUGUCUAUGGCUCCCUUCCUGGCUAUGAUGUGUACUUCUGGAAAAGGAGGAAUCUAAUUGCUGUCCGCCUAAGCCUGAGGCAUAAGGCCUGAAGGGUGGAGGAACCUGUCUGUGAAGCAAUGUUCAAUGCCUUCUGACUGUGGUCAACCAUCCCUGCAGACCUACCCUAAGGCCAGAUCUUGUGCCAGACGGGGGGG